CUGAUAUUUCUAAUACUACUUAUGCAGGUGGGUGUUUACCUGUAGUAAACUAUGACCCACCUCCUGCUAUUUCCUCUUCACCUACCUUACCACUGAAGAAAAAUAGCCAAAAAAAGAAAACAGGUAAAAUAAGUGUAGCAUCUACUGAGACGAAGACAGAGGUACUUUCACAGCGCAGUGUUAAUAUCACUGAUAAUACUGAUAUUAUAUCUAAAAUGAGAUCUGAACUUGAAGAAGUAUUAAAACAAAUGGAUGAUAUUAAUUAA